AGUCAUGAUCUUAGAGAAGAGUAAGAGGUAGCGAAGAAUUUGCAAGGUCUGCUUGAAUGGCAUCUAAGAAAGCAAUCUUCAUUUUGUUUGUGAUAUUGGCGUCGCUUGUCUCAGCAUCAUUUGCAGGCGGGCAUCGGAAGCUCAUGAAAGAGUCAACCAUACCAAUGAAGGGAAUGAAGAAGGAUCAAUCACUUGCUCUUCAUCCAAGAAUCCUUGUGGUUAAAACGAAUGACUAUGGAAGAUAUGAUCCUUCUCCGUCCUUCUCGAAACCCCGUUUCAAGCCGAUACCGAAUUGAUCAUGUGAAACUUUUGCUACAGCUGGAUGAGGUGCUUCAAUCUACAUAUUAUGUCUGAUAUACAUAUAGAUAUUUAGAAGCUAGUCUAUACAUAUGUGUGACUUAUGGCCGUUUAGAGCUUGUUGUAGGAUAAGUAGUCCCUUGAUUAUGGAGAAUGAGCUCAAUAUUGUAUCAUGUGUACAUAUGAAGAUGUUG